AUGGCCGAAACCCAGAAUGCCAUCAGCGAGGCGGAGUUGGGGCCGAAGAUGGACCUGACCCAUCAGGAAGUUGUGCAUAUGACCGAGUUAAGUCCGGAAGACAAAGUCAUCGAGAACAAAUUACGCAAGCGCAUCGAUGCCCUGAUUAUGCCACUGGCUAUCCUGGUAUACCUGAUGAACUAUAUUGAUCGCAACAAUUAUGCAGCAGCGAAGCUCCAAGGUCUCGAGGACGACCUCAACCUCGACGAUACAAAAUACCAGACCGGUCUCUCUAUUCUCUUCGUUGGAUACAUUCUCAUGCAGGUGCCUUCCAACAUGCUUCUGAACUACAUGGGUCGACCAUCCUACUACAUUGGAUUCUUCGUCACCGCUUGGGGACUGGUAUCGGCAGUGACAAGUCAAGUCACGACCUACGGAGGCAUUGUGGCCUGUCGAUUCAUUCUCGGCUUGGUGGAGGCACCCUUCUUCUGUGCCAUUCUCUUUUAUCUAUCUAAAUGGUACACAAAGAAGGAGUUGGCUUUCCGAAUGAGUAUCUUUUACUCCGGCUCUUUGCUGAGUGGCGCCUUCGGAAACCUCAUUGCCGCGGGUAUUCUCAACGGUCUCAAAGGCCAUCGAGGACUUUCUGCAUGGCAAUGGCUUUACAUUAUCGAGGGCUCCAUCACUUGUGCCGUCGGAUUGCUCAUUUGCUUCGUUCUACCCGACUUCCCGGAGACAUGGAAGAUGUUAGAUCCAGAGAUGCGCCGAGUCGCCCAGCGACGUCUCGCCAUAGAGGCUGGCCAGGCCGAUGUGGAUGAAGGCGGCAGCAAAAGCCAAAUCGAGGGCUUCAAACUCGCCAUGACGGACAUCAAAACAUAUGUUUUUGCCUUGGCGUAUAUGUGCAUUACCGGAGCCUCGGGUUUCCAAAACUUCUUCCCGACAUUGGUAAAGACUCUCGAUUUGCCCGAGACCAUCACUCUGGUGCUGGUGGCACCCCCAUAUCUCUUCAUGGUUGUAUAUUCCCUUUGCCACUCGGUGGCUUCUGAUAAGCUGGAGAAGAGAUUCUGGUUCUUUGUCUACCCGAUCCCGAUCACGAUCAUUGGAUUCGUCGUCUUCAUGAAAACCGAGUCCUUUGGAGCACGAUACUUCUCGUUCUUCUUGAUGGUCUUCGUCUUCGCGCAGAACGGAACUCUAUACUCCUGGCUUGCGAGUUCCAUUCCCCGUCCCCCUGCAAAGCGUGCUGUCGCCUUUGCGUUUUUCAAUUCCAUUGGAAACAGCGCUUCAAUCUGGACGCCCUAUACGUACAUUGAAAAGGAGAAACCUACUUACGAGACCGCGAUGGGUGUUUGCAUUGCCCUGCAGGUGAUUGGUGGCCUUGCCGCCCUCUUCUUAUACUUCAAUCUGAACAUGCUCAACAAACGCCAGGAGCGUCUGGAGAAUGAGGACGUUCAGCUUAGCGAGAAGGAUAUUCGUCGGCUGCAGGCUACCGCUGAUCUUGAGGGGAUCGACAUUGCUGCCGCCAGGCGACUGCAGAAGGGAUUCCGCUAUGUAUUGUAG